GCGCUCGGACUACCGGGCAGGAUAGGGGCGGACCCAUCUCUUUCCCCUUGGGCUCCCUAUCUUUCGCUAGGUUCUCGCGGCAUUUCCUUCUCUCGCGGGAGUUGUUUGAAAGCUUUGGCGGUAACCACGCCCUGCAGAAGCCAGGGCGGUCUCCCGGGAUUUUGAGGCGACUGGGGAAGUAGGCUUUGGGGAGGUUCGCAGUGCCUGUCCGCGCGCCAUGGGAGCGGAGAAGAGGCUGCUGCCGGUCAAGGAGGCCUUUCGCCUGGCUCAGCAACCGCACCAGAACCAGGCGAAGCUGGUGGUGAAGCUGAGCCGCACCUACGGCACGACGGAUGAUAAAGCAGCUUUUCACGAGGAGUUCGUCCGUUGCCUUAAAUAUGCCAUGGUGGUCUAUAAACGUGAGUCAGCUGUGGAGAGGGUCGUAGAAUUUGCGGCAAAGUUUGUUACUUCGUUUCACCAAUCCAAUGUGGAAGACAAUGAAGAGGAAGACGGUGGCAUUUUAAAUUAUUUGUUUACUUUUCUUUUAAAGCAUCAUGAAGCAAACAGCAGUGGAGUCAGGUUUAGAGUCUGCCAGCUCAUAAACAAACUUUUGGGAAGUAUGCCAGAAAAUGCCCUGAUUGAUGAUGAUUUGUUUGAUAAAAUUAAUGAAGCCAUGCUUAUCAGAUUAAAAGAUAAGAUUCCAAAUGUGAGAAUACAGGCUGUUCUGGCUCUUUCACGGCUUCAGGAUCCCAAAGAUGAUGAAUGUCCAGUGGUUAAUGCAUAUGCUACUUUGAUUGAAAAUGAUUCAAAUCCAGAAGUUAGGCGGGCAGUGUUAUCAUACAUUGCACCGUCAGCAAAGACUUUACCAAAAAUUGUAGGGCGCACCAAGGAUGUGAAAGAGACUGUCAGAAAGCUGGCUUAUCAGAUUUUAGCUGAAAAGGUUCAUAUGAGAGCUAUGUCCAUUGCUCAGAGAGUAACGCUUCUUCAACAAGGUCUUAAUGACAGAUCAGAUGCUGUUAAACAAGCAAUGCAGAAACAUCUUCUUCAGGGCUGGUUACGUUUUACUGAAGGAAAUAUUUUGGAGUUGCUUCAUCGAUUGGAUGUGGAAAAUUCUUCUGAAGUGGCAGUCUCUGUUCUCAAUGCCUUAUUCUCAAAAACUCCUCUCAGUGAACUGGUGGGAGUCUGUAAAAGCAAUGAUGACAGGAAAUUAAUUCCAGUGGAAACAUUAACUCCUGAAAUGGCUUUGUAUUGGCGUACUCUUUGUGAAUAUUUGAAGUCAAGAGGAGAUGAAGGUGAAGAAUAUUUAGAGCAGAUUUUGCCAGAGCCUGUGAUAUAUGCAGAAUAUUUACUGAGUUUCAUACAGAGCAUUCCAGUAGUUAAUGAAGAACAGAGAUGUGAUUUUUCCUACCUUGGAAAUUUGAUGACAAAAGAAUUCAUAGGUCAGCAGCUGAUUUUAAUUAUCAAGUCCUUGGAUACCAGUGAAGAAGGAGGAAGGAAACGACUGCUGGCUAUUUUGCAGGACAUUCUUACUCUCCCUACAACCCCCGUAUCCCUAGUUUCAUUUCUUGUUGAGCGGCUUCUUCAUAUUAUUACAGAUGAUAACAAGAGAACACAAAUUGUUACAGAAAUUAUCUCAGAGAUUCGGGCCCCCAUUGUUACCAUUGAUGUUAAUAAUGACCCGUCUGUUGUAAGAAAGAAAGAACUCAAGAUAGCUGAAAUAAAAGUUAAACUUAUUGAAGCAAAAGAAGCUUUGGAAAAUUGCAUUACUUUACAAGAUUUUAAUCAGGCAUCAAAGUUAAAAGAAGAAAUAAAAGCACUAGAGGAUGCCAAAAUAAAUCUGUUGAAAGAGACAGAGCAACCUGAAAUUAAAGAAGUUCACAUAGAGAAGAAUGAUGCUGAAACACUGCAGAAGUGUCUUAUCUUGUGCUAUGAACUGUUGAAGGAGAUGUCCAUUUCAACUGGUAUAGGUGCGACUAUGAAUGGGAUCAUUGAAUCUUUGGUUCUUCCCGGAAUAGUAAGUGUCCAUCCUGUAAUAAGAAAUCUGGCUGUGUUAUGCUUGGGAUGCUGUGGACUACAGAGUCAGGAUUUUGCAAGUAAACACUUCGUGUUACUGUUGCAGGUUUUGCAAAUUGAUGAUAUCACAAUUAAAAUAAGUGCUUUAAAGGCAAUCUUUGACCAGUUGAUGACGUUUGGGAUUGAACCAUUUAAAGCUAAGAGAGUCCAGGCCCUGCCGUGUGAGGGUACAGAAACCAACAGUGAUGACGAGCAAGAAUCAAACGAAGUUGAAGAGACUGCGACUGCUAAGAGUGUUCUGAAACUUCUCUCUGACUUCUUAGAUAGCGAGGUGUCUGAACUCAGGACAGGAGCUGCAGAAGGACUAGCCAAGCUGAUGUUCUCUGGGGUUUUGGUCAGUAGCAGGAUUCUUUCUCGUCUGAUUUUGCUAUGGUACAAUCCUGUGACCGAAGAGGAUGUUCGACUUCGGCACUGCCUGGGCGUGUUCUUCCCCAUGUUUGCUUAUGCGAGCAGGACGAAUCAAGAGUGCUUUGAAGAAGCCUUUCUUCCAACUCUACGAAUAUUAGCCAGUGCUCCUGCUUCGUCCCCUUUGGCUGAAGUGGACAUCACAAAUGUUGCAGAAUUGCUUGUCGAUCUAACAAGACCAAGCGGAUUAAAUCCUCAGGCCAAGAAUUCCCAAGAUUAUCAGGCCUUAACGGUGCAUGACAACCUGGCUAUAAAAAUUUGCAAUGAGAUCUUAACAAGCCCAUACUCCCCAGAAAUUCGGGUCUAUACAAAAGCUUUGAGUUCCUUAGAACUCAGCAGCACUCUUGCAAAAGAUCUUCUGGUUCUACUGAAUGAGAUUUUGGAGCAAGUAAAAGAUAGGACAUGCCUGAGAGCUUUGGAGAAAAUCAAGAGUCACGUAGAAAAAGGAAAUAAAGAAGUCGGUGGCCAGACUGUAGCAGCACAGGACGCCAGCACAACUGCUACUGUUUCUGAAAAUGAAGCUGAAAAGAAUAAAGAAGUAUUUAUGACUCCCCUUAAAGACAUAAAAGCAACCCAAGGAUCAGAAUCCAUUCAGCAGAAGACUAAAAGAGGACAGAGAAGAGUGACAGCGUCAUCUAGGACAAACAGGAGGCGUCGGGCUGCUGAGGCCGAGUCUGAAAGUGAUCAUGAGGUUCCUGAACCAGAAUCAGAAAUGAAGACGAGAUUACCAAGACGAGCCAAAACAGCAGCACUAGAAAAAAGUAAACUUAACCUUGCACAGUUUCUCAAUGAAGAUAAAAAUUAGGAGAGAUAAUGGAGGUGGGGUCUUACGUUUAUGUUUACUUCUUUGCUUUAAUAAAAUUAUGCAUAUGUCAAAAUCAGAAAAAA